GCAAAACUUUGUCUACCUUGCCAAAGGGCCGCAUGAUUGGCUGUGGCUGCAAGUGCUGACAUUUUCACGAUGGACCAGCAAUUUCUUGGUUCAAACCUUUCAAAGCCACUUUGUUUGCGCUAUUUCUUGGACAUGUCACAGAUGAACUUGUUCAUCUUUGCCCUCUUCACCGUCUUCCUCUCAGCGGAAGGAUUGCGCCAUGAAGACGAGGAGUCGUGGGAACGCCCAACUUUUCGUCCAGGGGUUUCCAGCAGCAAAGGCUUUAAAAAAGAACACCUCUCGUCCAUCCGCGACAUCAUCAGUGGCUGCUACAAGGAUCUCGAGAAGAUCGAUCAGUACUGUCAUCUGUGUCAGUUUCAAGAUUGCAUCGCGAAAGAGGGCAAUGAGAAGUUCGCUUGGCCGCUCCAUGUCAUCGUCUCAUACACCAGGAAUGACCGCACGGUCGUAGGUGAUUGUGAUGCAAAAUACAUCUACGGUGACUACGGUGUUUGGGUCGGCGCCAAUUGCAAGGAGACUAAAAAAUCUAGCAAGUGGGGCUGGUGACUUGGACUAGCUCCUAUAGAGGGAAAAUCGAGGCUCCUGAGAUGCAAGUGAGACUUGGCCCUGCUGCACAACCAUUGGCAGGUAGCUUGUGAGAAA